GGCUUGGAAGACUGCAGGGGCGUUGGUUAAUCCGAAUGGUAAGCACUCAAAGUGUCCGAGAGGGGUAUUGAAAGCAGUCUUCUAUUCAUCCCCCUCUCGGAUACGGAUGAGGUGGUAGGCGUUUCGUAGGUCCAACUUGGUGAAUAUUUGGGCAUCACAGAGGAGUUCAAAUGUCGGGUCAAUGAGGGGUAGUGGUGAUUUGUCUUUAAUGGUGAUGUCAUUAAGUUCACGGUAGUCGAUACAGGAGCGGAGAGUGGUGUCUUUCUUUUCAACAAAAAACCCAGGCCCUACUGGAGAUGAGGACGCUCGAAUGAUUCCGGAAGCCAGUGAGUCAUGGAUAUAGUCCUCCAUUGCCUUUUUCUCAGGUCGGGAAAGGUUGAAAAGACAGCUUGAAGGAAGAGGUGCCCCCGGCAGCAGAUUUAUGGCGCAGUCAUGGGGGCGGGGGUACAGAAAUAGCCAGGUAUUUACUGAAAACAGGGGAGAGGUCAUGAUAUUCUUCAGGAACUUGGGAGAGGUCAACGGGCGUGGCAGAUGGUGGUGUGUUUCCAGAUGGCUGUAUUGCAGAAUGCAGCCAGUGUGAGUGGCAGUGAGGGAUCCAUCCUGUUCUAGCUAAACAUGUCCAGUCUAUGGCAGGGUUAUGAAGUUUAAGCCAGGGAAUACCGAGGACUAAUGGGGUCUCAGGAGAAGGAAUAACAAAAAGAGAAAUGUCCUCACGGUCAUUUCCAGAGAUAAACAGAGUGAAUGGCACUGUUUGGUGGUUGACAGGGGAUAUAACUCGGCCAUCCAGGGCUUUGACUUUUUUGGAAGAAGGAAGUGGUUGGAGAGGGAUUUGAAGCUGGUGAAUUAUGGCUUCAUGAAUGAAACUGUCAUCGGCACCGGAAUCGAUAAGUGCAGUGAUGGGUGUGUCAUGACCCGAAAUUAUAAUGCAAGCGGGAAUGGUCAUGCGGGAGGGAGAGCUAGCUCACCACGAUGCUCUCCGGACGCGGUGAGCCUGGUCUUCUGGUCGGAGGGGGCACGAGGAAAUUAAGUAACCGGAUUGAGCACAGUAGAUACACAGCCGCUGGAUGACACGACGCUGAUGCUCCUGUGGAUCUAACAGUGUUUGGGCAAUUUGCAUAGGCUCUUUGGUGGCUACGGGGAAUGACGGAAGUGCGGAAGACGGUGCGGGAGGCGGGUGAUAAGCUGACGGCGUGGUGCUCGGUGUGGGAGGGUUUUUGCGCAAGCGAACCCCCCUCUCUUGUGUUCGCUCUCGCAGUCUGUUAUCGAGACAGAUGGAAAGGCCGAAGAGAUCCUCGAGAGAGGAGGGCUCGUCCCGGACCACUAGCUCAUCCUUGAGCUGAUCAGAAAGGCCAUUAGAAAAAAUCCCCCUAAGUGCCACUUCAUGCCACCCACAUUCACCCGGCAAUAUCCGGAACGCAAUAGAAUAUUCCGCUGCUGAUUUAGCGCCCUCCGUGAGCAUGAGGAGACGACAUGUGGGUUCUUUGCCCUGAACAGCGUGAUAGAACACUUUGCGGCGUUCGUUGGAAAAGGAAUCGAAUGAGUGGAGUACCGGGGAGGAGCUUUGCCAUCAGGAAGUGAACCAUUUUGCUGCUUUGCCACGGAGGAGCCCGCCCACUCCUGCACUGUCUGCCCGGGCGAGUGCACGAGAGGCUGCGGCGCCGAGUCUCGUCACGCCGGUCGCCUGUGGACGUUGCCCGGCUGGCAGGCCGGCCAUGGCGGCGGCCCCGGAGCAGGAGGACCGCAGACCGAUCCGGAGGGUCCGUUCCAAGAGUGACACACCUUACAUCAAUGAAGCGAGGCUCUCUUUGCACCUGGAGACAGCUGAAGAAGUUGAAAGGCUGGCAGCAAUGCGCUCUGAUUCACUGGUACCUGGUACACACACACCUCCAAUUAGGCGACGAAGUAAAUUUGCCACCCUGGGGCGUCUCUUUAAACCCUGGAAAUGGAGAAAGAAGAAGAGUGAAAAGUUUAAGCAGACCUCUGCUGUGCUGGAGAGAAAAAUGUCUACACGGCAGAGCAGAGAGGAGCUUAUCAAGAAAGGAGUGCUGAAGGAAGUUUAUGAGAAAGACUGUUCAUCCUCAUCUGUACGGGAGGAGGAGAAGCUGCAAAAUGGCCGUUCUCCAUUGCACAGAUGCAGCUUGUCACAAUCGGAAGGUACUGAGCCAAUGGAAGGAGCGGCUGCAACUGGAGGUUCACGCGAGUUUGAGAUCGCUGCUGAUAGUACAAGUCAACAGGACCACACCCAAAAAUUAAACCACACUCCCCCCACAAAAAAGCCUCCAGUGUAUCCAGGGGAUGAUACUGAAUCUACACUGCACAGACCUCCUACGUUACAUAAGCAACCUCCUGCACUACCACCCAAGCCCUUCACCAGAAUACCAAAUCACAGUACAGACGGCACCCCGGUAAAGUUGCCGUGCAUGUCGGUGAAGUUAUCGCCUCCUCUACCUCCAAAGAAGCUCAUGAUCUCCGUACCUACAGGGAGCAUGGAACCCUUGCCGCCUUUGCUCACCUUCCAGAAGUGCUCCGCACCUCCCAGCCAUGCUCCUGUGGGCGGGCACUCACUGCAGUAUGGAACACUUCCUGUUCCUCUUCACCCGUCCAGCCGAAUCAUUGAGGAACUCAACAAGACCCUCGCCCUGACCAUGCAAAGGUUUGAGAGUUCUAUGAUGCGCGCUGUUCCCACGGUGAUGAUGGAAUGUGACAACAAAGAAAAUCUCCCGAACGAGGCUGACUAUGAGGAUCUACCUGUUAUGUAUGGGGAUGAUAAUGAAGAUGAAGACGAGGAGGAAUUCGUGGAGGAAGAGGAAGAAGUGGACGAGGAGGAGGAAGAUGAUGAUGAUGAAGAAUUGUUUACAAGCACACUCGCCAUGAAGGUUUUACGGAAGGACUCUUUAGCCAUUAAAAUCAGUAACCGUCCAUCGAAGAGGGAACUGGAGGAGAAGAACAUUUUGCCACUGCAGUCCAAUCAGGAGAGACUCGAGUCCCGACAGCAAACGGCAACCAAACUCACACGACGGUUGAGUCAACGCCCAACCGCUGAGGAACUGGAACAGAGGAAUAUCCUGAAACCUCGAAACGAUCUGGAGGAGCAGGAGGAGAAGAGGGAGAUCAAAAGACAUUUAUCCAAAAAACUCAGCCAGAGGCCCACGGUGGAAGAGCUGAGAGAAGCAAAGAUCCUCAUUCGCUUUAGUGACUACGUGGAAGUUGCCGAGGCUCAGGACUAUGACAGGAGAGCAGAUAAGCCCUGGACAAGACUAACAGCUGCUGAUAAGGCUGCAAUAAGAAAAGAGCUGAAUGAGUUUAAAAGCACAGAAAUGGAUGUGCACGAGUCGAGUCGUCACCUGACCAGGUUUCAUAGGCCAUAAAGGAAUGCUGGCCAGGUUGAUAGUCCCGCACAAACGACCAGUGGUCAGAACGCUCUCUGCUGCAGAACUCUUCUUCUGUGAUCACUUCCCAUAGACCACACACCUGGCAACUCUUUCUCUGUGAAUCUCGUUACAGUAUAGUUUUUAGACUUACUCAGAUUUAAAAAUGAAUUUUGUAUCAACAAACGUGACAUGUUUGUCAAGUCAAAUAUGUGCUAAUUUUGAUGUAUUUGAGGAAGACUGGUCUUAAAAACUAACUAUUACGCAUUUGGAAAUUCUAAUUCAGUCUCAGACUUAUUUGACUGACAUUUUUUUUUAUUCCUAUUGAAUAACAGAUUUAUGUAUAGCUCCAUUAAUGUCUUAUAUUUUUCAGGUCACAUGGCUCUUUGCAGCCAGCAACAAUUGUAUUCUGUGUUAAAAUUGCACUAUGUUGAGAAUUGUGACAGGGUACAUUGAUCAUGUUCUAUAUUCAAGCAGAAUGAAACUAUUGAUUAUGUGCAAUGGACAAGGGGUGUUACACACAGACUUGAGUGGACUAUGGUGACCUUUAAUACUGUAUACAAUUGGGGGGGGGGGGGGGGGACGGGGGGGGGGGGACGACGACAUCAAUUAUAUCUGUAUUUGUGGGAACAUUUUCAUAGCUUCCAGCUGAGUUCAACUUUCACCCAACACUCUGUUCUCCCAAAAUCGAACGUCUUCAAAUUCAUCAAUCAACAGCUCAAUACUCUCAGAUUCAUCUUUAUUUGUUUAUGGGAUGCAUUCAAAAGCUUGUACACCUUCCGGAUUCUAGUUCCCUAGUUUUAACCAAAGCAACUUGACUGGAGCAGUCGAGUUUGAAUGCAUCCCACAAUGUCUCAUGUUGACAGUUCAGUUACCCUCUGAUUCACUGUGCCUACAGCUGUGUUUACAACACCUUAUUUAUACAUAUUUUAUUUAAUACAGCAUUUGUAUACACAGGAAAAAAAACGUUAAACAUGCCAAUAUGAACACCUUACAAUGAUUUUACACUUACUGAAAAUAUCCGUGCAACACUUUUGUCUUUGUUUUGUCUAACUACAGUAUAUGCCAAACAAAAGCUUAUGCUAUAGCUCUUUGAUUCAUUUAAUAUACCUAUUAAAGAGCACUUCAUAUAACUGGCAGGUAAGACAAUUCAAAAUGAUGUAAUGUAUGUGGUUAUUGCACAGGAAAUGCCUUAACAAUCAUCACAAUAAAAAGACCAGAGUUGUCUUUCAUUGUUAGCAGUCAGGCAAACCUGUGCAAUAUGCCAUUUGCCAUCUCCCCAAUUUUAGAAAACGUAAAAGUCUCCCAAUACAGACUUUAACAAGGACAGACACAAUUUAUCAUUUGUGAAUCAAAUUUGACAGAAAUAAGCCUUUGGUUUGCAAGUAUAAAAUCUUACACUAUUUCCUCUACUUCAAUUUGUGGGAAAUAUGAGCAAAAACAGAACUGUUGCAAUUGUAUUUGUGUCGAGUAUAUUGUUUCCAGUGAAUUCUGAAUUUUUUAUCACUUGGACAACUGCUCGGUAUGUUUGUAUGUAAGAGCAUCUGCGUGAUUUUGUGUGUGUGUGUGUGUGUGUGCAUAUGCAAGCUACUUGCAUUAUAAGACUUGUAAAUAACAAAGAAAGUGACUAUUUGUUAAGCAGAACAACUCCAUGUAUUUAUUGUCUUCUAUGAUGUAUGGCGUUUCUUAAAGAAAGAAAUGGGAUUUUG